AUGAAGGCCCUGUCCACGGCCCUCCCCCCCGGCAGCCGCCGCCUCUACACACUAUGCCUGCACCUCGCCGUCGGGGCCUCCAUAUGGGGCUACAACAUCGGCAUCCUGUCCUCGAUCCUUGUGCACCCGGGCUGGAAGGCCGCGCUGGGCGGCUCGCCCUCGGCGGCGCAGCGCGGCCUCAUCACGGGCAUCUACUACCUCGGCACGUUCCUGUCGUACGUGCUGCUGUCGCACCCGCUGGCGGACUGGCUCGGGAGGCGGCACGCGGCGCUGGUGGGCACGCUGGUGCUGUGUCUCGGCGCGGUGGUGAUGGCGAGCGUGCGGGAGGGCGGCAGCGGUGCCGUUGCGGCCAUGGCCUGGGGGAGGUGGAUUUGCGGCGUGGGCGUGGGUGUCGUGAGUACGACUGUGCCGCUGUAUCAGAGUGAGGUGUCGCCGGCCAAGGAGCGAGGCAAGUUCGUCACCAUGAACCACGUCGGCUUCAUCGCGGGACUGGCUACUGGCCUUUGGGUUGGCUAUGGCAUGACUUUCUGGAAAGGCCCUCAGGGCGAGUUCUGGGGCUGGAGAGUGUCUAUCCUCAUCCAGCUGUUCCCGGCGGCCAUCUUUGCCGUCGGACUGCCCUUCCUGCCCGAUACGCCGCGAUGGCUCGUCGAAAAGGGCCACAUGGAGCGCGCCCGCAAGGUCCUCUUCUGGCUCCGCGACGGCACCACCUCCCGCGAAGCCAUCACCCACGAACUGCACGCCAUCAGCGCCGACGUCGAGUCUCGCCACGCCUCCGCCUCAUCCGCGUCCGCGUCGGCUUCCACCUCCAUCGCCAGCUCGCCCUUCGUUGCGCUAACCCUGUCGCUCUUCCGCGAGCCCGCCCUCUUCGCGCGUCUCUGGCGCGCCUUCCUGCUGCAGUUCAUGGCGCAAAUGUGCGGCGCUACAGCCAUGAAGUACUACCUCCCCGCGCUGCUCAAGGCGCUCGGCGUGGAGACGCGCGUCGCCCUCAUGGCGGGUGCCCUGGAGAUGACGCUCAAAAUUGGCAUGACGGUCCUGGAGAUGUGGGUGAUUGAUCGGUUUGGCAGGAGGGCGUGCCUGGUGGGCGGCAGUCUGGUCAUGGGCGUCGCCAUGCUGAUCAACGGAGCGCUGCCGCUGGCGUUCCCCGGCAAUGCCAACAAGGCCGCAGAUGUGGUUUGCAUAGUCUUCAUCUUCAUCUACGCCAUGGGCUACAGCCUCGGCCUCGGACCUGCAGCAUGGGUUUACAGCUCCGAGAUCUUUCCCACGUCGGUCCGCGCCCGCGGUCUCAACUUUGCCGCCUCGGGCGGUUCCAUCGGCAGCAUCAUCGUCGCGCAGGUCUGGCCCGUCGGACUGGCGCACCUCGGCAGCGGCAUCUACUUCUUCUUUAUGGCCGUCAACUUCAUCUGCGUGCCGGUCAUAUGGCUGCUGUACCCGGAGACAAAGGGCCGCGCUCUCGAGGAUAUGGAUAGCCUGUUCGGGAAAGCCACCGAUUCUCAAUUUCACAGCUCUGCCUACUUGCAGUUGGAUGGCGCUGAGACCGGCGAUGAGUGGGCGGAAGACGAUGCUGGCCGUGAAGAGUCGCCGCCGGGGCAAGAGCACGAACAACGUCACGCCAGGGACAGCACGGAGCAGGAGGGAGAAGAGGACGCGCCACUGCUGGGUCGGUAG